CUGGCAGCAUUGUAUCUUCGGUAUUGUAAUAGCAUGACCAUCUGCUGUUGUUUACUAUGGCUGUGAUCGAAAGCGAAGAAUUACGAUUGCAUCAUUGUCCGGUUCUAAUGCGCUGUACGACGUCAGCAUUGCGGAUUAAGCGAAACUCGCUGCUGACAUAGGACAAGAUGGCAUAGCUGUUCAAAUAGACUGCAUAUCUCCGAUCCAGCAUUUCAUUUCUACGGGCUCAUUUUCCACUCCACAACGGCUAUGAGCUACCUCUUUUUGUGUACACUUUAUGCUGUUGCAGUCAGUGCAGAAAUAUCUAGAGAAGACUAUUAUUGCUAUACUGGAGGAGCAUUCCAGGGUGUUCCAUGCCGAUUUUUCGCUAUAGUAUUUGAUGCGGGCUCAACGGGUACUCGGUUGCAUUUGCAUAGAUAUGUUCAUAAUCCGGAUUCACGAGGCAUUCCGUUUAGAGUUGAGGAGGAGGUGUUUCAAGAGGUGAAGCCGGGACUGUCGUCAUUCAGUGAUGACCCCUCUAAAGCCGCAGAGUCCAUUCGCACACUAUUACUGACCGCUCAAGCAGUUGUUCCUGCUUACAUGUGGGAGAAGACUCCUAUAACACUGCGAGCCACAGCUGGUCUUCGUCUCCUUCCUGGCGAUUUGGCCGACGAAAUACUCAAUGCAGUGGAAGAUGAAAUCUUAUCCAGCGGUUUCUUCGUUAUUCCUGAAGCUGUCAGUAUCAUGAGUGGUUCUGAUGAGGGAAUGUACAGCUGGUUCACUUUGAAUCUUCUGUUAAACACGCUUUAUCCUGAUCACGAUGUUCGUCCAUAUAUACCCGAACCUUCAAGAAGCGUAGCUGCAUUUGAUCUAGGAGGUGGAUCAACACAACUAACGUUUUGGCCUGAAGAUGUACGCAUGUUCGAAGAGUAUAAAGAUUAUGAGAGGGAUAUAAAUUUCUUUGGACAUCGCAUGCGACUGUUUACUCAUAGCUUUCUUGGUAACGGACUCAUUGCUGCUCGUCUGAAUACGCUCGUCGAUCUCACACUAGAUGAACAUUCUAGUACUCGUCUGAGGUCACCAUGUCUUCCUGUUGAUUUCGAAAUUCGUGAUUGGGAAUACGCCCUCAAGAAGUGGAAUGUUAGUGGGACACUAACUUACUCUUUCGACUCUUGCUACGAAUUGACUCGCGAAUUCGUCAACACCAGUAACAUCAUGAAACUUCCAGCGCUUCACAAUAAGAUGAUCUACUUGUUCUCCUAUUAUUACGACCGGGGUUUGAAUGCUGGCUUGGUGAAAGAGAAUGAAGGUGGUGUUAUAAAGCUAGGUGAUUACCAGGAGGCUGCUAAGAAAGCAUGUACAAAGACAGCCGAUCAACUUGUGGGUGCUCAUUGGAUGCCAUGGCAGUGUCAUGAUCUAACUUAUAUCUAUAGUUUGCUCCAUGACGGAUUUGGAUUUGAGGACAAUCAACCUUUAUUUCUAGCGAAAAAGCUCAAAGGAAUGGAGGUGGCUUGGGGUCAGGGUUUAUCAUACACACUGGUGCAUGAAUUUCAUAAGACGCAGAUGUCCACGGUUAUUGAGAGAAGGAACGCCACCGUAGCCCACCAAAUAAUGAAUUAUGUUUACUCGGGAACAAAUACUCUCUUGUCUUACUUGAAAAUCAUAUCAUGAUAGUGAUUUAUGUUGUAGUUUUGGUAGUACACUCUCAUGUGCCUAUCUUUUGUUGAUAUUUCAUGCGGUUUGUGGUUGUUCUACUUGCCAUAUCAUCUAGUCUACCGGUAAUUUUUGCCUUACCUAGAUUAGCCUAGCAGUUGUUUCUUUUGUAGCUGUCACACAAAUGUGGCUGUGAUCUGAUCCAUACGAGAUGUGAUAACUUCACUUAUCUUUCAACAGCUUGUAUUGAAAAGGAGACGGGAUCGAUUUGUAUAUUUAUCACGAUGAGGUAAUAAAAUCGCAAUGUGUACGUUAAGCUUGCAAAAUCCUAUAAAAUAUGAAAGAUAAAUACUGGC